UGAUAAAUGUUUUGGCGUCGGAUAUGCGAUUUCUCCACCCUCUCUUUACCAUCUCAGCUAAGGUAGCCCCGUAAAUAAGUUAUUGUAUCUUUGUAGUUAUGUAUAGUUAACUAACUAAUAUGAGAGUUUGGUGGCGGAAUUUCUUUUCGGCAUGUUAAAAACAAACCAUCCAAAAAUAAAUAUUUCAUUAGUUACGCUCAUCACAUUCCAGUCCAACGCUUCAAGAAAUAUACCCACUUUACUCCUCCACAGAUAUUCUACUAUUCUUGAUAGAUAAAUUGGCUUGUUAAUGCCUCCACUCAAGCCUGUAUUACUUCAGUAAUAGUUAACUACAUAAUAAUAUCCGAUCUCAACCACUUGAGCAAUGACAUCUACCCCUCCACAGACUCACCCCGCGUCGGAAACGUCACCGACGAAGACCACUUUCACAAUUGGCACACGCAGAUCAAAACUCGCUCUCGUGCAAACGGAUCUCGUGCGAGACGCCCUGAAAGCCGCCUGGCCACAAUACGAAUUCAACAUCCUCACCAAGGACGCCGCAGCAGACCUUGAUAAAGUCACCCCGCUACGCGAAUUCACGUCAAAGAAUCUCUGGACGGAGGAGCUUGAGGAACUAUUGGUCGCGAAACAGAUUGAUCUUGUUGUUCAUUCUUUGAAAGAUGUCCCAACGCAAAUCCCCGAAACAUGCAUUCUCGGUGCUAUGAUGCCCCGAGAGGAUCCUCGAGAUGUGCUGGUUAUCAAGAAGGGCCUGCCAAGUAUGGCCCUAGCAGAGCUCCCCGCAGGAUCCGUUGUGGGUACCUCCUCAGUACGCCGCAUCGCGCAGCUAUCACGACACUACCCACAACUCAUAGCAAAGGACGUAAGAGGCAAUAUCGAUACUCGUUUAGCAAAACUCGAUGCGGAAGAUGGGCCUUUUAGCUGUCUCAUCCUGGCUGCAGCGGGCCUGCUGCGGACUGGCCAGGGCGACCGUAUCACCUACUACCUCGACUCGAAGCAUGGCAAGAUGCUGCAUGCUGUGGGUCAGGGCGGGCUAGGGAUUGAGAUACGCGCAGAUGAUGAACAUAUGAAGCAGAUGGUGGAGAAGAUUGGGGAUAAGAAGACUACUCUUGCGUGCUUGGCCGAGAGGAACCUACUGAGGACGUUGGAAGGGGGUUGUAGCGCGCCCCUUGGGGUUGAGACGGAAUGGGUGCAGGAUUCGGAAGGCAAAGAGAAUUUGAGGCUUCGGGCCAUAGUGGCGAGUGUAGAUGGGAAAGAAGCUGUGGAGAUUGAGAAGGAUAAGGAUGUUAAAUCUGGGGAGGAGGCAGAGGUGUUUGGGAAGCAGGUUGCCGAUGAGUUGGUUACGCUGGGUGCUGGGAGAAUACUGGCGGAGAUUCAGCAGAAGAAGAAGAAGGCAUGGGGAGCGGAGUAGCUGCGGGGGCAUUUGACUACUUGACCAGGCCGCCUAGGUCUUAUGUAGCCAGCCUCUUCGGUUAUCUGAUAUAUGAUAUCUAUUGAGUUUGUGUUCAAUACAUCUGUGCAAUACCCCAAAAUUCCCCUCUGAUGUUUAUAGCGAGGAUUCAGCUUUGAUAUAUAGCACUUGCUAGCGCCACAAUGCAUUACUAUGAUAAUGACCAUGAUCCGAUUCCAUAGCCAUCUAUGUAUCAUUCUCAUACC